AUGGCCUUCAGCCGACUUGUCACCGUGAUGCUGCUGAUCCACGCCGCAGGUGUUCUUGGUGCUGAGGUGAGGAGCUCCAUCAUUGGGGGGCGGGAUGCCGGUAAGGGCAGUUGGCCACAAAUGGCCUUCCUGAAGGCCAUCACAGCUGAUGGUGUGCACCAGUGGAGCUGUGGCGGCACCAUCCUCAACAGUUACUGGGUGAUGACUGCUGCUCACUGCUGGAAUAAACACCCUAACCCUGAUACCCGCCGAUCGAUGGUUUGGCUGGGCACGCACGAACUGCAAAAAAAGUCUGCUCGUUUCCAUGGCAUCAGUUUCGUCAUCUCCCACUCAGAGUACAAGGCCCUGCACCCCGGCUUCCAGCACGACAUCGCCCUUAUUAAGCUGAAGAAGGAGGUGAGGCUCAAUGGUGUGGUCAAAACUGUGACUCUGCCCGGCCCUGAUGACAUCAUCACCCCCUCCUCUGAGUGUUGGAUCGCCGGCUGGGGGAACAUUGGCGCCAGCACUCCUCUCCCUUAUCCGGAGACCCUGCAGGAGCUGCAGAUCCCCCUGGUGUCUCAGGAAGUGUGUAAGCAGCAGUAUUCUUACCUCCCCACCGACGUGCUGUGUGCAGGGGGAAAAGGGGAGGACGCCUGCGAUGGGGAUUACGGUGGCCCGCUGCUUUGCAGAGCUCCUCAGGGGGGCUUUGUUCAGAUGGGCAUCAUGAGUUUUGGGAGUCCUGGCGGCUGCGGGACCGAUGGUCUCCCCGGGGUCUUCACCGAAGUGUCCAAGCACCUGCGCUUCAUCAACGACUACAUCCACACCUGAUUGGAAUCCUCCGUGGAGAUGUAACCCCCAACCCUUUAUGCCCCUGCAGUCUUUUAUUCUACAUGCGUGGUUAAAAUGAUCUGCAUUAAAGCUUUAAAGCAUCA